AUGAGCGAGAGCCGCCCUCGCAAGCGCGGGCGCGAGGGCAAGGACGAAAUCCUCGACGGCGAUCUCAUCGCCCACGCGACUGCGGCAGCAGCGCUCGACGCCCGCGUCUCUGCCUUCGCUUCGUACCAGGAGGCGCUCGACGACGGCUUUGUGGCCGACCUGCAGAAGCAGCUAAUGGCGGUCUUCCGGAUGGGCGUCAAGCUGGAGAGCUGGCUAAACACUUACACGCCCCCGCUGGCGAGCGGAGGCAACGUCGGGGUGUCGGGCGAAGUGCAGGACGGCGUGUACGCGCACAUCCACGGCCUCUCCGCCGGCUGCAGCGAGGCGCUGCACCGGAUGCUGGGCUACGAGAAGGAGUACGCGGUCCAGCGCACCAAGUGCACCGACGAGCGCACCUGGCAGCGCUUCCGCGGCACCCUUGAGGCGAACAUGCUGCACGACUUGGGCAAGACGACGCUGCAGAUGCACGCCGACCUGCUCAACGUCGCAAACUCGAUCAGUAAUAACCUCAGCCACCUCCGCACCGCCGCCUCCGAGGAGUCCAAACUCGCCGCAAUGUGGAACUCGACGCCGUACAACACGGUCCAGUCGUGGGACAACAAGUCCGGCCGCUCCGCAAGGGCGGUCAACGCGAUCCGCAUGAUGGAGGACGGCAACACGCGCUUCGUCACUGGCCGGUGGCACUACAAGUCGCCGACCGGCCUCGAUGUGACUCCGUCCGUGAUCGUGCUCGGCGGCUCAGAGUACCGCGUGCCGAUCGAGGAUCUGUUCGAUGUCGACCCCGGCCGCAUCAUCGUGCAGCGCGUGCUCGGCUCGGUGGCGGGCAUGCAGGAGCGCACCGCCUUCUCCUCCAUCGAGUACUCGAUCGCGCGCUGGGCGCCGCCAGUGCUGCUCGUGCUCGUCGAGAGCAGCUCGCCCAUCAUCGAGGCGGCCAUCAAGCAGCUGCGCGGCCAGUACCUGCCCCUCGCGCCGAUCCGCGUCGUGCUCAACCACGUGAUGGUCUCGGCGCUGCGCGCGGUGCAGCAGGCCGAGAAGAACUCGACCCUCACCUCCGCCGGGCAGGAGCUGCUCAUCACGCAGCUCGCGACGGAGCUCAACUGCCUCUACUCGAUGGAGCUGCUGCUCAAGUCGAAGGUGGUGCGAGAGCGCGUCCUCUCCGGCGAGCUCGAGCUGCACGCCGCCAUCAUGGACUCGGGCACCGGCAAGGUCCGAUUCUUUGGCGAGCACCCGCGCCAGAUGGAGAUCAUGCGCGCGGCGGAGCUGCGCGCAAGGACGUAUUCGACCGGCCUAAGCGCCACGCUCCCUCGCGAGGAUUGGGGCUGCCCCUUUGAGCCGCUGGGCGACGACGACCCGGCCCUCGUGCUGCCGAACGUGGACUCGCAGUCCUCCAGCCCGCAGAAGUCGCGACGUGGCAAGUUCGCAACCGUUUGA